AAUUUUUAACAGAAUCUUCGCGCGAUUAGAAUGGUACGAGAUUACGAUUUAGCCUUUUUAGGCUUUUAUUUUUUUUAUAAAUACGCAACAACUUUUGUUUCAUCACUCACUCUGUAACCGUCACCGCAAAAAAAAACACCGCUUUCUCCGCCGUCGACGGCUGUGAGGUAAAACGUUAAAUGUCACAAUCAAUCACCAAAACCCUCACCGUCAACUCAUUCCACCAAAACAAAUUAAACGACCACACCUCCUUCUCCUCCUCGACGAUGAAAAACGACACCAAAACGACGCCGUCACAGUUACAGUUCUUCGUACGCCUGAUGUGGACCUGCAAAAGCUUAGUGAUUCGUGCUUCAAGAGAAGACACAGUGAAAUCACUUCUCAAAGCGAUUUCGUUCAAAACCAAAAUUCCGAUUGAAUAUCAACGGUUAAUAUACAGAGGAAAACAGCUUCACAGUGAACAGAGUCUUGCUGAAUGCUGUAUUGAAAACGACACGUGUCUUCAAUUGAUUGGACACUUGAGGAGUAUGGGGUUUCCUAUGGGUUGUGAAGCUCUAGACGAUACCGUUUCGUUGAUUCUUCGUCUUUGUAAAGGUGAAUCGGUGAAAGACGCUUCAAGAAUCCUUCAUUGUCGCAUGAUGAAGUAUAUGGAACAUAAGGAAUGUGUUUCCGUUUUCAUGUUUAUGAAAGUUCCUUUGUUAAUGGUAACUCUUUACAAUUCCCCUUACGCAAAUAACAAAGGCAUUGCUGAUUUUUGUAUUCGGCAAUUAAUGAUAUUUUGUGAUCAUAUUGAGACCGCACAGUUGCAGGUUAUUUAUUUUGAAGUUGUUUUGGAGUUUUGUGAAUUGCUUAGAGGGGUAGGGUUUGAGAGUAAUGAUCUUUUGUACGUUGUUUGCCGGGGUAGUUUUGGAAGAAUGUUGGAGAGUGUUGGUGGUGUUAGUGAUAGGGAUACUAAACGGAGGAUUUUGUUUCAGGGUGGUUUUGAUUGUGUUGUUGAGAUUUCAGAUAAGUUGUUGAGGUUUUUGGAUUUGAGUUUUGGAAGAAUGUUGGAGAGUGUUGGUGGUGUUAGUGAUAGGGAUACUAGCCAGGCACUAUUGUGCAGAGAUGUUCAUGAUUUUGAGAAAUUCUCUGCUCCUUUGAGGGUUGGAAUCGCGGAGCAUCAAGGGGCGUUUGAAGUACCUGUGGAUUGUGGAUUUUUGUGUGAGAAAGAUUCCUUGAUUGCACGAGUAGUUGAUCGCUUCCGUCUUGUAUUUAUUCAGUUAUUGAUCAAAAUGGAUGAGUGCCUUCAAAGCAUGGAGGGUUGCUUGGUUAACAAGGAACAAGGGGAAGGGGGUGUGAGUGUUAUCUAUUAUGGGUGGUAUUAUUAUCUUUCCAUCUUGAAGGAAUUGUAUCACAUUUCUAAGCUCUAUACAGGCGCAGAAGAUAAGUUUUGGGGAGUUUUGUUGCGUCGAAAAAGUAUGCUAUGUCAUCUGAUUGUUAAGUACACAGAGAAUACCGAUGAUCAUAGGUGGGUUCUCAAGAACAGAAGUGUGACUGAUUUUGAAUCCAGGAGGCACUUGGUGAUGAUGCUAUUCUUCCAUGAAUUAAAAGAUGGAUUAUGGGAUUUUCAUGAGAUGCUUAUUGACAGGUCUCAGUUGUUGGCUGAAUCUUUCGAGUACAUAUCACAAGCUAAGCCUAAAUCUCUGCAGAGGGGUCUAUUUAUGGAAUUCAAAAAUGAGGAUGCUACAGGACCAGGUGUACUGAGGGAGUGGUUUGUUUUGGUGUGUCAGGAAAUAUUUAGUCCGCAAAAUGCUCUUUUUAUGGCAUGUCCAAAUGACCGCAGGAGAUUUUUCCCUAAUGCUGCAUCUAAGAUACAUCCUCUGCACUUAGAGUACUUCAGCUUCUGUGGACGUAUUAUUGCAUUAGCUUUAAGGAGUAAGGUGCACGUGGGAAUUGUUUUUGAUCGUGUGUUUCAUGGGCAAUUGGCUGGGGAAUAUAUUACUUUAGAAGAUAUCCGGGAAGCAGAUCCUAUAAUGUAUAGUAGCUGCAAGCAAAUAUUGAAUAUGGAUGCUGAUUCUAUUGAUUCAGAUACAUUAGGAUUGACAUUUGCCACAGAGGUGUGGGAAUUAGGACGCAGGGAAGUGAUUGAGCUUUGCCUUGGUGGAGAAAGCCGCGUUGUGGAUAGUAAGAACAGGGAGGAGUAUGUCCGUCUUCUUAUACACAAUCGUUUUGUAACAUCCAUAUCUAAGCAGGUAUCACAUUUUGCCAAGGGUUUUGCUGAUAUUCUGUCCGGCUCAAGCCAAGAGUUCUUCCAAUCUUUAGAGCUUGAAGAACUUGAUUGGAUGCUGCAUGGGAGUGAAAAUGCCAUUUCUGUUGAAGAUUGGAAGGCACAUACUGUGUAUAAUGGCUAUAAAGAUAUUGACCGUCAGAUAUCUUGGUUUUGGGAGAUCGUUGGGAGAAUGUCAGUAGAGCAAAGGAAGGUUCUUCUGUUCUUUUGGACAUCUGUGAAACAUUUACCAGUUGAAGGUUUCCAUGGCUUGGAUUCCCGUCUACACAUUUGCAGAACCAGUGAACUUGAUAGUCAUUUGCCAUCAUCUCACACAUGCUUUUAUGAGCUGUGCUUUCCCCCAUAUUCUUCUUUGGCUAUCAUGCAAGAUCGCCUUCGAGUCAUCACUCAAGAACACAUCGGCUGCAGUUUUGGUACUCCAUGAAUGGUGAAUAGAACACCUGCAAUUUGGCUUAAGGUGGUUUUGAAUCUUUUGUUUGUACAUAGACAUACCAAUACUCACCUUUGGUACAUAUUUAGGAUAUAGGAUAGGAUUAUUCCAUUUUUUUGUUCUCGAAAUCAAUUCUCGGUGGUUAGAAUUUGAUCUUCUAACCUCAAGAAAAGAAGUUCAAAUACCAUUAGGGACAGUUUGUAAAAUAAUCAUUAGUCAUUUUAAUUUAUGAUAAACUCCUUCCCCAAUUUUUUUUUUAA